GCCCCGGGCCUGGAGGCCGGCAUUACAUAACGGCACCGGAGCGAGCAGCUGCAGCAUCUCAGCAUGCGGAUUAGGGAUUACGUUGAUUCAGCAGAUUGUCCUGUGCAUGUCUGAGAAAGAUUACACCAGCAGAGUUAAGAAUACCCGUUUGCUGUGAGCAAAGUGGAGCUGUGAGCCACCUUUGGGUGGGGACCUUGCUGUUACAGCCCAGUGUCACAGGGAGCUGCCAGUUCUCAUUGUCCUGUAUGGACAGGACAGGUAAAAAGCUAGAGAAGCCACGUGAGGUCCCAUGAAAACCAGAACCAGCUGCUUAUAAAGUGCUGUUGCCUCUGACCAAGAACAAAAAUUGUUGUGGGAAUAAUAUGCGAACAGAUCAUGAAGAACUCUGUGGCACCAGUUAUGGAUCUUUUUGUCUAAAUGGAGGGAUUUGUUAUAUGAUUCCUACUGUAUCCAGUCCAUUCUGCAGGUGUGUUGAGAAUUACACAGGAGCUCGUUGUGAGGAGGUUUUGCUGCCCAGCAUCAAAUCCCAAACACAAGGUGACCUGUUUGCAGCUUUCUUGGCUUCCCUUCUUCUUCUAGGAGUUCUUGUAAUUGGAGCAUUCUACUUCUUUUGCAGGAAAGUUUCCAUUCCAAGGACAAGUUCUUCAGAGUGUGGUGCCAACCUAGUUGAAACUACAAGCAGCAAUGGCUGCAACAAAAUAACAACAGCCUAAAGCAUUAGAGUGGAAGAAUGGUGGAGAAACAACAUGCAGAGCAACCCUAAGAAUCUAAAUUGUAGAGGGUGACACGGUAAGCAAGAUGAGAGAAGAAAGUUGACUGAAACAGGAGGCUGACAUAUUGGAGAAGACAUCUAAGACUUAAACAGUUGCACUUAAUGGAGUUUCUAUGUACUUUUAAAACUGUCAAUUAUACAGAAAUCACUAUAAUUUAUGUUUGAAUUCUGUGAGAUUUUUUUAUGCUUUUCAAUAAUGCACAGCUAGAUGCAUGAGAUAAUCUUGGGUUUUACUACAUGGGAAAUAAAAAAAAUACAUUUUUUUUCACUGCACAGAGAAUAUGAGAUAUCACAGGAUUUUAGUGUGAGGUGAUAUUAUGAAUUUUUGAUAGGGGUUUUUCAUUUUUCACAGGAUUUCCCCAGAGGAGCUGAAGCCUAUCUUGAGUCAGUAGUUUCAAAAUUGAUAUUUGUGAUACAUGUCCUGAAUUUGGCUUGUUCCAGACACCCUUACCACAUGUAGGGGGAAAACCCUAACCUUUCUCCCAGCUAAUACUUACUUUUAUUUAUUUUUUUUUUUAAUUGUAACAGAACAUCAGCAGGAGGUACCAUUGGGAGUUUAUUGCCCAGGUUCCUGGCACACUAUUUUAAUUAGAAUAAAAGGGAAAUAUUAAGAAAAGAGAUUGGUAAUGGUUAAAAUUUUUUAGGCAAAGUUUAGUGUACAUUUGUAAUACUAAA